CCAUGACGAUCCUUCCCAAGAAGAAGGCCUGCCCGGCCUCGGGGGACGGGGACCGGGACCCUCCGGGCUCCCGAGGGGGCGGCCCUGGAGGCCCCGGGGGUCCCGGCGGCGUCGGGGGCGCUGACCCUCACCCGCGGGGCUGCUCCGGCCCGGACUCGCACCCGCGGGGCCCCGGCGGCGUGGGCGGAGGGGGCGGCCCGGGAGACCCCCACUCGGGCCGAGGAGGAGCCCGGCCCCGGGCCUCGCCGCCUCCCCCGCCGCCCCGAUGGGGGCUGCCCCCCGCCGGGUCCCCUCCGCCGCCCAGCCCCGGCGUGGGAGCCGGCGGGGACGGGCCCGGGCUGGGCCUGCUGGACCCCGGCGUGGCCGAGGCAAGGGGCGGCGGAGGCGGCGGAGGAGGAGGGUGCUGCUCCGGGCCUGGACACAGCAAGCGGCGUCGGCGCGGGGGGCCCGGCGGGGGUCCGGCGGUGGCGGGGCCCGGGGGCGGAGGAGGAGGCGGCGUUGGCGGCGGGAGCGGAGGCGCAGGAGGGGGCAACAGCCCCGAGCAUGACGAGGCCGGCGCCGGCUACAACAGCGAGGACGAGUACGAGACGGCGGCCGCCCGCAUCGAGAGCAUGGACCCGGCCACGGUGGAGCAGCAGGAACACAGGUUCGAGAAGGCGCUGAGAGAGAAGAAAGGGUUCAUCAUAAAACAGAUGAAGGAAGAUGGGGCCUGCUUGUUCCGGGCUGUGGCUGACCAGGUAUAUGGUGACCAAGACAUGCAUGAAGUGGUCCGGAAGCACUGUAUGGAUUAUCUGAUGAAGAAUGCCGAUUACUUUUCCAAUUACGUAACAGAAGAUUUCACCACCUACAUCAACCGGAAGCGGAAAAACAACUGCCAUGGCAACCACAUUGAGAUGCAGGCUAUGGCAGAGAUGUACAAUCGACCUGUGGAGGUUUACCAGUAUGGCACAGAGCCCAUCAACACUUUCCACGGCAUCCAUCAGAACGAGGAUGAACCCAUCCGAGUGAGCUAUCACCGCAACAUACAUUACAACUCUGUGGUGAACCCCAACAAAGCUACAAUUGGAGUAGGGCUGGGACUACCCUCCUUCAAGCCAGGGUAUGCAGAACAAUCCUUGAUGAAGAACGCAAUCAAGACAUCAGAAGAAUCGUGGAUCGAGCAGCAGAUGUUGGAAGAUAAGAAGCGGGCAACGGACUGGGAAGCGACCAAUGAGGCCAUUGAAGAACAGGUUGCCAGGGAGUCCUAUUUGCAGUGGCUACGCGACCAGGAAAAGCAGGCCAGACAGCCUCGCAAAGCCAGCGCUACCUGUAGCUCUGCCACAGCAGCCGCAGCCAGUGGUUUGGAAGAAUGGAGUGGCCGCUCUCCACGUCAGCGCAGCUCAGCGUCUUCCCCAGAGCAUCCUGACCUGCACAAUGAGCUGAAUGCUGCCAAACCGCCUUCUCCUGGAAGCACAGCAGCUCUUGCACUUACCAAACCCCCCUCACCAUGUGCUCCUGGUACAAGCAGCCAGCUUUCUGCAGGUGGUGGCCGAGCAACCCCUCCCUUAGUGUCAUUGUAUCCAGCCCUGGAAUGCCGGGCAAUAAUGCAACAGAUGUCCCCCACAGCGUUUGGCUUGAGCGACUGGGAUGAUGAUGAGAUCUUGGCUUCCGUGCUGGCCGUGUCACAACAGGAGUACUUGGAAAGCAUGAAGAAGAGCACCCUGCACAGAGACAGUGGCUCCGACAAGAGUUGAUAACUCGCUGGCGGCUCCUAUGUUCGCCUGACACCCCUUAGGUGCAUGUUUUUGGUCGGAAGGAUGAUGACAAUACCUGGGACCCCUCCCUCCCUCCUCCUUCUCCUCUGCUGCUGCUGAUCAACGCUCCUUGGGCUGCCCCUUUUGCUCCUCCACUUUUGGCUCUCUGCAUCCGAUCCCCCCACUCCCCCUGGUUUGUUGGGGGAGACAGCAAGAGAGGGACAGGACCUCCUCGAAAAGGAGCUGGAACACGCACAAACUGGGGCAUGCUGGGCUUCCCCCUUCAUCAGCCAUUCUUUCAUUAUUAAAAAGGAUUAAUUGAUCUGGUCCUAAGUGAGCCCUCCCCACUUUGGGAUAUUUGUGUCAAUGGGGAGGGGAAGAUGUUAUAAUUUGCUUAUGGAGGACAAGGGGAGGUGGACCGAUGGUGAAUUGAGUGGCAUGAGGCAUAGCUGCUUCUGGCUGAAGUUGCUGGCAACCGUAGGGUCUGCCAGCUUUCCUCCUCCCCCAGAUGGUGUUAGGGGAUGGAAUGUAGGAUUUCAGGCAGCAAGAGAAGGGUUGACAGUGUGGGCUAUUGCUUCCUGCCCUUUCAGUGGAGAGGGACCCUCAGUCUGCAGCCAUUUGAACCACUCCACCCUCACCUUUGAAGAAUAAUUCUGCCUUGUGUGGAACCACCUGAACAACUGCCUCUUCUCUCUCCCUGCAGUUAUAUGCCUCUUCUUUUUGCUUCCCACUUCAGUGUAAUUUCCCAUAUGUUCACAUGUGGCUCGACCGCCUUAGCGGGGACCACAACUACCAUGGAUCCAAGGGUUUGUCCAGCACUGUGGUCCCUUUGGUGCUGCUGCUGCUCUGCUUCUUGGCCUUUCUUUGUCUCUCCUGCUGCUGCCUCUUUGAUUCUCCCUGUGCCUAGCAGCAGGGGAGGGGCACCACUCGCCAUUCAGUGUCCCAGCUUCCCCAGGAAUGGGCCUGGUCUCCAUAGUGGACUGUUGAAGUGGUGUUGGUCACCAAAUGAACUCAGAAAGUCAAAAGACGGAAGCUGCUGGAGCAGCAGUGGGGAAGAGGCCAGGCUCUCUUGAGGUGAAACUAGGCCUAGAAUCCAAAGGUUAGGGCAAGUUGACACUGGGCCAUGUAUCUUACUGGCUCCUGGACUAAAGGUCAAUGAGCCCUAGAAAGGAAGGAUCUCUAGCAACUUUACCUGCCCAAGGUGCUUGUCUUCCUCACUACUACUGUAGUUAUAACCCACAUACAGUGGCAAUAGUUGCUCUCUAAGCCUGGCUCUGAACACAUGUUUCUGCCUGCCACUUCCUUGUUAUGGCAGAACAUGCUCAGCCACUCCUCCGUCUUCACCCUGAGUCCAAAAUCCAUGGGGUGAGUGGGAUUUUUUGGAGCUCCUGCCUCCUUUUACUGCUUUCUGAGGCUCCAAAGAGGCAACUUUAAAAGGGGGAAGGGAGAUAGACUGCUGCUUUAGGUAAAUUGGAUCCAGAGACUCCAUGGACAACUGGAUGAAAAAGUGAAAUUUCGUGCCUGAAAAAUAAAAGUAUGGGAGAGUU